UGCGUCUGCGCAUCAUUAACCAAGCUAUAAAAUUGACAUUGACGUGAGAAGAAGCCAAAAUAAAAACGCUUUAAAAAUUAUUAUUCAAUAUUUUUAAAUCAUUCAAAUAAUUUGGGAAAAUAGUAUGAAAAUUAUGUAUAUCUCUUCUUACCAUCAGAUAAUGUUACGGAUAUGAAACUGAGAAAAGAUAAAAGACAUAAAGUUGCCUCCAAACGUUUUGAUGAUAGCUGGGAUUUAACUAUCCUUAAGAAAAAACGUAUUCAAAAGCCAACCAUAAAAAAAGGAAAGUUCACGGCUAAGAACAUAACCCUCAACGAGGUUGCCCUCGACAAUAAACUUUUGCGAAUAUCUUUACCAAGAGCCAGUUUAAAAGGUUUAACUAUCAAGGCUGUCAAAAAUCAAAAAAAGACAAAACCAAAAGACAAAAACUCUUUAUCUGAAGUUAAGAAGUUAAAUUCAGAAAAACAUAGGAGUGCUCUUAGAUCUCAAAACACAAUCAACAAAUCGGCUCAAAAACCCAUUAAAAUAAAUAAGUCUCUUCCAUUAAAAAAUACAAUCGACAAAUCAUCUCAAAGAUCUAGUAGAAUAAGUCAGUCUCUUCCAAAAUCCGUUAGAAGCAACAAGGAUUCAUUAAAAUCCGUUACAAGCAACAAGUCUCCGUUAAAGUUUGAUAAAAACUCAUUCAAAAUCAGCUUCCCAACUGAACAGGAAGCAAACGACAAAGCAAUGGUUGUAAGUAAUGGUAGAGUAACAAAAUGUAACCUUGAAGAUUAUUUCAUGAAAAAACUUAAGACAAAACAUAAAAUAUUUUACCUAAAAGUAGCUAAAUCUGCAGCAGUUGGAGAGGGCAAGCUUAAUUACAAAUUUCACCAGCUUGUUAAUGACGUUAAAAACAUGCAGUUGCCUACGCCGUCUUGGAAGAUAAAAGUCAUAAUACGACACAAUAAGAUAGCAUCUAUCAUUUUCACGAAUAAAGCGGAACUUGAGAGAAGUGUAUGUUUUAAUUCCGACGAUGAUAAAUAUCAUUUAGUUAUCAAUAAUAAGCCGGCACUUCUGCUUGGUUCCCCUGGAAAAGUUGAUAGUUGUAAUGACAUUGAAGUGCUAUUGAGUAUUGUGGACACUAUUCAACACGAUAGUUCUAUGAUUAUGUUUACGUGAAUACUUUUUUUUAGCAGUUAUGUCAAUUCCAAAUUUAUACAUUUAAAAAAUUAUGUCACUUAAGUUAAUAAAGUCACAUUCUAAUGAAACAUAGGCCACCUUAUCUAAUUUUAAAAAAUUGGAACUAUAGUAUUUUUACUACAAAAGCAAGAUUACGUAGGUCAAAAUUUCUGACGUAAAAGCACUGUCAAAACAUUAGAAUGUGACUUUUCAUCGUGGCCACGUUAAUGUCAUUACUUGUCAGAUAUUUUUCUUUGUUUUUGUUUACUAUAAACAUAAUAUCUAUAGUUCUUUAUUCUAAUUAAUGAUGUCAAUCGGAUUUCAUCAAUUGCCGAAAUAUAUUAACCAUAUGCCAAAAUAUUUGUUAAUGUUAUCGAAAAUAAUGAUAUUUCAUAACAUCAACUCUAGAAUUGAAAUUUGUGUAGCACAGCUAAAAUACGACACCAACACGGAACUGUCCGAUCUUGUAUAAGCGUCUACAUGGUAUUUUAAUAAAAAAAAACGUAAUCGCGAUUACAUUGAGAAUUUUAGAAUUAUAUUAAUUAAAUAUCCAAAAACAUUUAUUAUUAUCAAUAAUAUAAAUUUUCUGAAACAAUGAUUUAAGUUCAAUAUUCCAAAAAAUAAUAAUUUAUUAAUAUUUUAAUAGUGUUGCUGGUUGCGGUCAAUUAUUCUGCUGUGAAAUAAUAUAUUUUAAUGAUUAUACCUACACUAUGAUAAUAUUGUUGCUAAUUAAUAUAUUUCGGCAAGUAAUGAAAACCAAUUGACAUAAUUAAUUAGAAUAAAUAAUUAUAGAUAUUAUUUUUAUAGUAAACAAAAACAAAGAAGUAUAUACAAAUACAAAAACAAAUAUCUCUGACAAAUAAUGACAUAAACGUGGCCAUGAUGAAAAGUCACAUUCUAAUGUUUUGACAGUGCUCAUACGUCAAAAAUUUUGACCUACGUAAUCUUGCUUUUGUAGUAAAAAUACUAUAGUAAGCUGUUCCAACAAGUUCAUCAAAGUCCUAUAUAGGGCGAGGCAGAUAACUGGCCUAUUAGAAAUAUCUCGAGAACUAAAGGCAACAGAAUCAUGAAAAUUGGAAUAAAGGGGUUUUGAAGGAUGAUCUAUUAAAUGAAAAUAUUUUCAUCUCUUUGCAACUUCCGGUUAUACCGGAAGUUGCUUAUAACUUCGUUUUUUUAAAUGGGACACCCUGUACAUUUUUACAUUUUUGGAUUCUCUUCGAUGUCUUCUUUCUUAAAAUAUGAGGUUUUGUAAUAUUAUACAGGGUAUUUUAAAAGAUAAUUACGUUUUUUUAUUAAUUUCGUAGCAACAUUCACACCCUGUAGAAUUGUAGUAGUUUGACAUCUAAAACUCUACUUGCGUUCAAAUGAUUUUUAAUAUACUGUACUAUUGUUAAGAAUCAUUAGUAUAGCUAAAUUUUUUAUUUUAGUAUACAGGGUUGGUCGAAACUCGGAAUGAGUAUUUUCUGAGUUUUCUUAAAUGGAACACCCUGUAUUUUUGUAUUAUAGUGAAAUGAUAUUUUAUAGUACUUUUUUAUUUCUUAAGCAUUCCCUAUACCUAACUGCUUUAAUUUGUGAGUUAUUGGUGAUUAAAGCUAAACAUUAAUUGCAACAAAAAAUACGUAAAAUGUUAUUAGGUUGGCCGUGAAAAUACUCAAUCCCAAAUAAUUUUUCAGAAAUAAAUACAUAUUAAUCCAGACUGGUCCUUAAAAUUACCAAUAAUGGUUUAGCUAUCAAAAUACCUACGUAGUUAAGAUUGUUGGUGCGAUUAACAAUUAAGCACAAAUUAAAGCAGUUAGGUAUAGGGAAUGCUUAAGAAAUAAAGAAGUACCAUAAAAUAUCAUUUCACUACAAUACUAAAAUACAGGGUGUUUCAUUUAAGAAAACUCAGAAAAUACUCAUUCCGAGUUUCGACCAACCCUGUAUACUCAAAUUAAAAAUUUAGCUAUACUAAUGAUUCUUAACAAUAGUAGAGUAUAUUAAAAAUCAUUUGAGCGUAAGUAGAGUUUUAGAUGUCAAACUACUACAAUUCUACAGGGUGUUAAUUUUGCUACGAAAUUAAUAAAAAAAUGUAAUUACCUUUUAAAAUACUCUGUAUAAUAUUACAAAACCUCAUAUUUUAAGAAAGGAGACAUCGAAGGGAAUCCAAAAAUGUAAAAAUAUACAGGGUGUCCCAUUAAAAAAAACGAAGUUAUAAGCAACUUCCGGUAUAACCGGAAGUUGCUUAAAUGCAAAGAGAUGAAAAUAUUUUCAUUUAAUAGAUCAUCCUUCAAAACCCCUUUAUUCCAAUUUUCAUGAUUCUGUUGCCUUUAGUUCUCGAUAUAUUUCUAAUAGGCCCUUUAUUUGCCUCACCCUGUAUAUUACGUUAUACAUGUUAUCACUAAUAUUGGAAUUCAAUAAACAUUUUUGAUACUUUUAAAAUACAUAAGUUUGGAAAUUUUAUAUAAGACUUUGUAUAAAGGUGUUAUAGUUAACAAAAUACUAGUAAUUUGUAACAAAUAUUUUUUAAUAAAGCAAUGUAGGCUUUCUUUGUAUGAAUAUAAAUAUUUUUAAGUAAUGGACCUGUCUGUCAGAUGGCUUAGCGGGCUGAGGCGCUCGAUCUACAACUCUAGUGGAUUUACGAUCGAGGUUCGAUCCCCGACCCGGUGAAUAGAGAAAUAAAAAGGCUAACGUCGUAGUUUAAAAUUCUACGGCUUGAUCUCGAAUAAGCAAGGUGUUUGAUCGGCCUAUGAAGGAGCGGUACGGCAAGGGAUAAGGGCGUGCAGCUUGAUGAUACUCCUCCAUAGAUCUCUACCGGAAGGGCGUUGACGCCUAAUAACGGUGUAUAUAUAAUAUAAUAGGCGGAAAUAAUUUCAUUUGGAUACUUACUUGCCUGGCACUAAUCUAUAGUUAUAUUGGAAUGUGUGUAAGCUAAAAGAAUUGAGGCCUAUAGGAUCAAAACCUGCUAGAUCCAUAUUUUGAAAUUUUGUCAAGAGGCUAAGAAAACAUUAAAAAUGUAAAUUUUUCAAAAAGUAUCCAACAUUUCUCAAUCAUAGGGGCAGAAAUAAAUAUCAUAAAAUGACACACUAAUUUGUCAUUUUUCAACAUGCCCCUUAUAUCUUCAGAAAUCUGUACUUUUAGUUUAGAUUUAUCAGAACGAAAAAUUUAAGAUUUAGCAUAUACCUACUCAGUAGUAUUUAUUUAUUUAUAAUUUAAUAACAUUUUGAACAUUGUAAUCCAAAGUUGUCUGUAUUAUUAAGCCAAUAUUUAUAUUCAUACAGUAUUGAAAGUAAUUAAAAAUA